ACUAAAGCUUUGUAACGAGGUAGAUCUUGUUGAUAAGUCCGAGAAUGAAAUUGAGCACUAUGUUGUCUAUUGUUUGCUUAAUCUCUUCCUUACUGAAAUAUGUUUGUGAGAAAGUCUUGGAUGCAACAUGAGUUAAUAAAAUCUUCAAAAGUAGCAGCUAGGUUCUUUGUAGCACUGCAUGGAAGAAAUGAAGUUAAUAUGGAGCUAAAGAAGGAAGCUGAGUAUUUUAGUGAUAUUGUUAUAGUCCCUUACAUGGACAACUAUGACCUUAUUGCAUUGAAGACUAUUGCCAUCUGUGAAUAUGGGGUUUGCAUUGUGGCUUCAAAGUAUAUUAUGAAGUGUGAUGAUGACACAUUUGUUAGGGUAGAUGCUGUUAUUGCAGAAGCAAGUAAAAUCCCUAGAGAUAAGAGCCUUUAUAUUGGAAACAUUAACUACUACCAUAAGCCCCUACGGUAUGGUAAAUGGGCUGUGACAUAUAAGGUGUGAUCUUUAUUGAAAUUUUCAAAUCUAUUCUUUUGCCUGAUUUGUUUGCUACUUUGAAUUAUAGUCUUUAGGUUUUAAAUGGGUUUUCUUCAUAAUGUUUGAUGAGAACACUUUUGUUUUUUAUACACACUUCUAAGAUAUUUCUUUUGCCAUGAUAUUAUUAAGUCUUUGCACACUCAUUUUGCUUCUUGAGAAUAACCUUUCUGAGGAUUUUUUAGCAUUUCACAAAAGAAAUUCUAUUCCAUGGU